UUUGGAAUGAUGGAACCCAAAAUGCCAAAAUUUUCAGGGUUAUGUUUAGUUUUAUCCAAAAUGCAAAAUUUAUUGCUCUCAUGAGGGCCUCAUGAGGCUCUUUUGAGUUUUUAUUGCCUCUUCAGACUAAAAUCUAAAAUGGAAAAUAACCACCUUUUUCCAAAAAAAAAAUUGCAUGGUGUUUAAUUUCAUUUUACAAAAUAAUGAAUCAAAAACCAUUUUUUUAAUAGGAGGAGAACUAAACACCCCUAAACCAGGCCUAAAUGCAGCAAGGCAGUGACUCCGAGGCCCAACUUCUCCUCUUCCAUCUUUUUUUUUUCUUGCUUCAGUUAGCUGGCGUCCCCGACGAAGCCCUGGAGCCGCCACCAGCCCAUCCCCGUCAUGCCGCCGCCGCCGGCCCCCCCGAAGGCCCAGCCCACCCUUAUCAUGCCGCCGCUGCCGCCGCCGCCGGCCCUGCCGGAGGAGCUCGUUGAGGAGAUCCUCCUCCGCUUCCCUCCCGACGAACCGGCGAGUCUCUUCCGCGCCUCCGUUGUCUGCAAGGCAUGGUGUCGCCUCAUCUCUAGUCCCAGCUUCUGUCGCAGGUUUUGCGAGUUCCACCGCACGCCCCCAAUGCUGGGAUUCAUCUGCAGCACCAGCUAUUUCGGCGCCCGCUUCGUGCCCACAACCGCCUUCAGCUCGCCGCGUGCCCACUGCUUGGACUGGUUCCCGCUGGACGCCCGCCACGGUCGUGUCCUCGUCCGAAGAAUUGUAAGCUGGCUUGUACAGGGGAAGGGACCCAAGUGUGGGUGGCUCAAGUGCUUGAAUAACUUGAGGUCCUGAUGGAGAGUGGGUGGCUCAAGUGCUUGAAAAACUUAAGGUCCUGAUGGAGAGGUUCUGGAGCAAUGGUACUGCGUAGUAUAGUAAUUUUAAGUAGCAUGAGGUCUAUGGUGGGACAACACUGUUUGCAUCAGUAACAUUGCUGCUGGCCUUCAACUUUUGUGUUUUUUUAAGCAGCACUUUCUCUUAAUUUUUUUAGCUCCAUUUGUCUCGAGGUCCUGUUGGGCUUGUAUGUAAGUUGUUAACCCUUACAUUGUCCUACAUUAUGUGUGAUGUGCUCCAGCAUUCC